UUACGAGUUAAACGCGUAGAGAUUUGGGGUUUCCCGUAUUCUGAAAUCCAUAAAUACGAGGUGACUGUGAAGUAAAUGUGCUUGAGUUUAGCGCUAUGGUAAGGCACGAAGUUCGCCUCGAAGUGUAGUUGGUCUGAAUUCUUCAUUCGGGCCAGCUGACAACACAGUUUAAAGUGAAUCUGUGCAAUUGAAAAGUAAAAAAAUACCACUAAGGAAAUGCAUCGAAACAGAGCUCACAGCAGCAGUGAAUGAAUGAAUGCAUGUGCGGGUGAAUAUUAUACAACGCGUGCGCGCGAUCGCGUAUUGUUUAUGGUGUCAACAGUGAACUGAAAUCCCCCUCCCUGUGGCCCUGCUGCGCCCGACAUCUACUGUGGGCUCGUUGGCGGUCAUCGAACGUGUUGCGUGAACAACGGCAUCAACGAAAAGGGAUUUCGAAAAUGGGCAAACGAAAUGCCGCGGCCGCCAUCGUGGACGCUGAUCGAUUGCAGCAGUUUGAAACGCCACCAAAGCGCAUGAAGCAUGCCCCGGCGGCCGCCACAACUACACCAUCGACGGUGCCGCCGACGUCGCCUGCCAACGACAGUGCUUGCGAGUUUACGCUCAGCAAGGAGUUCGUCGAUGGCACCAAGCUGAUGGAUCUGACACUCAAGCAGUGGCGCAUCGGCAAACCGAUUGGCAAAGGAAGCUUCGGUGAAAUAUUCCUCGCCUCGGAUGACAUCGAUACGCCGGUUACGAGCGAGAAUGCGAAGUACGUGGUCAAAAUCGAGCCACACUCCAACGGGCCACUGUUUGUCGAGAUACACUGCCUGCUCAACACCGCCAAACGUUCAGAAACCUGCCACAUCCCGCCAGGCAUGCCGGAAUACAUUGCGUCCGGUUCGCACAUGUUCAAGAACGAACGGUACCGUUUUCUCAUCCUGAAGCGCUACGAGCGCGAUCUGCAUUCGCUAAUAAAAAACAAGCGCGUCAAUCCGAAGAGCAUUCCGGUGGUCGCUUGCCAGAUACUGGACGUGCUGGAGCACCUGCACGAUCAGGGCUACGUGCAUUCGGACAUCAAGGCAGAAAAUCUCAUGAUCGGCAAGGUGGAGAACGGAGAGGGGGUGAUGGCAAAGACGUCGCAUACGAACGGCCGAAACGGUGCUACGGUUUGUCAGCAGCGUUCGCCGAACAACGGAACAACACUGGCAAAUGGGGGAGCAAAGGCGGUCGGCCGAGGUGGCAAGAAAGCGCUUGACGAAGCAUCAUUCGGAGGUCAUUUAGUUGAAAAUGGUCUGUAUCAGCACCAGGAGCAGGAAAUGGGUGGUGGUCGUUCGCGCAAUCUACGCCCCCUAAAGACGGUAACGUAUCGCGAUCUGAGCGAUGAGGAUGGUGGUGGGAAAAAGUCAUCGACCACGGGCCAUCGGAAGCGGGGCCGCAAAAAGAACAACGAUGCGUCGUUUAGCUGUUCUAUUUCUCCUCGCCGAAGCGGUUACGACGAGCUACGCGCGGCCACCUUGGAAGCACACCGGAACGAACUGCAUCUGAAGCAGCAGCAGGUCAUCGAACAGAAGAAGCCGUUGGGAGCGCCCGAGGAGCGGAUACAUCUGAUCGAUUUCGGGCUCGCGUCCAAGUUUAUGGACUCAACCGGGCAGCAUCGGCCGUUCUGCAUGGAUCAGCGGCGGGCGCACGACGGAACGCUCGAGUUUACGUCGCGCGACGCGCACAUGGGAGCGCACGCGCGUCGCAGCGACCUGGAGUGUCUCGGGUACAACCUGGUGUACUGGAGUCGCGGCUUUCUGCCGUGGAAGGACGAGAAGCUUCUCAACCAGCCGGAGCAGGUGCACCGGAUGAAGGAGUACUUCAUGACGGACGUGCGUGAGAUGCUGAGGCUCAUCUACGGCGACGAGUGUCCGGCCUACCUGGGCGACUUUCUGGCGUACGUCGGUCAGCUCACCUACGACGAGCGGCCCGACUACCAGCACUGCCGCGCGCUGUUUCUCAAGGAGCUGAAACGGUUAGGCUGCCCGGUCGGCGGUGGACGCAGCAAUCAUCCGCUGCGGCUGGACGUGGAAGCGAUCGAGCGGCAGAGCGAACCGCUGACGGCGCAGGACGAGGCGGAGAUAACGAACAAAAUCAACCACGUCAAGUCGCUCAUGAAGCUCGGCGCCCUGUUCCCGUACCGCGAGAGUACCCUGCACAGUAAGGCAACGUCACCGAAAAACCUGCGCUCUAAGCGGCGACACGUCAACGGUCGCAACGCGCUGGCGGGAGGAGGCAAUGGUUCCGAAGCGACGACGGGAGUUGCGAGCUCUCACGGUGCGGCGGGAGAUGGUGGACACGCCGCGGCCGCCCUCGGCUCAUCGAACGCCAUCGGCGCACGGAAGCGGGAGAAAAAGAUUUCGUGCGAGGAAAUUUUCGCCACCGACGCCGAUCAGAUUGCGCGCGAGCGCGUCGAGAAGGAGUACGAGCGGGCGGAACAGAUGGAGGAAACGGUCAUACGGUACACCGGGCGUCCGACAUACGCCAUCCAGGAGCUCGAGCGAAAGAUGCGCUACAGUGGCGCAGGACACACUGGUGGUGGCGGCUCCGGUGGGCUGGACUACACGGAAAGCGAGGAUUACAUCAAGGGCUACACGAAACCGAUGAUGGACAUUUUGCGCAAACGGCAAUCGCAGCUGUUCCGCGAGAUUGAGGCAACCAAUGCGGCGGCCAAGCGGUCCAAGGAAGAGGUGGUUCAGGCCGAAACGGCCGAUGAUGGCGAAGCAAAUGCGGAAGAAGGGGAGGGUGAGGAGGAACCAAUGGAGCAAGAGGAAGCAGCAGCAGAAGAAGAUGGAGAAGAUGAGGCAGAGAAGGAUAAUGAUGACGACGAAGGUGACGAUGACGACGACGAUGAGGCGGAGAAAAGGCUGAGACGGCAGAAAUACUAUCAUGACACGGAUUACGAGGUACAGCCGGAGGAAGAGGAGGAGGAAGAGGAUGAACUGUCCACCGUGGAGGAGGAAGAAGAGGAGGAGGAGGAGGAAGAGGAAGAGGAAGAGGUGGUGGUGUCGAGGAAGGGAUCGAAGGGUCGCCCGAAAGCGCCGAAAGGUGCCAGUAAACAGCAGGAGGAAGAUACGGACAGUGAUUUCUUCAACGACGAGGAGCAAGAAGUGGAAGAGCAGGAGGAAGGCGAGGAGGAUGAGGAUCAGCAGGACAGUGACUUCAACGAUCAGGAAACCAGUAUCACCGCCACGACGACAUCCGAGAGCGAAGUUGUAAUGCCUUCGAGCCGUCGUCGGCAAGCUUUUUCUUCCAACCGUCGUAGAAGCAAGAAAAAGUCUGUAAACGGAAAAAUAUCGGUGAAAGGGAGAGGAGGCCGAAGGAAGCGAAAAUCCAGCAAAUCCAACGCAUCCCCACUAGGCAUUGACGACGGUAUCCAUGACAACGGCGACGAUGGUGCGAUGGUAAACGGGUUUGCAGUCGAGCGGUUCGGAAGGAAAGCAAUCGAAGGUAGGCAUUCGAGGAAGAAGCGCCGCGCGGACGUCGUGCACGAUGACGACGACGAGGAGGACGAUGGGGAUAAUGCACGGCACAAUGGGCACGUGCUGGGUGCGCCGACGGUCACGGUCCGGCAUCAACACAAUAACAACAAUAAUUGCAACAGUAAGGCCUACUAUGGUGACGUGGACGAUUCGUCGCACGAUGCGCCUCCAGCAUUAUUGAACGGUAGCGGUCUGUCCAGCGAGUCUAAGUAUCGGUUGGUGAAGCGCCGCAAGUCCGGGCUGCGGGAACGUAUCCGACCGACCGACCGAGGGAAUGAUUACAAUCAGCAGCGCAAGCAGAAGGCUGCCCAGCGCGACAAGCGGAGAAGUGAAUCACAGGCAGCAGCAGCGCACGGACUGGAGGUAUCGGGGGUGGCCGAUCUGGAAUCGACCCUCCAUGACGACGAAGCUUCCUGCAGUAGCAGCAUCAUUAGUAGUAGUAGUGGCGGUGGAAGCAGUACCAGCACGACCACGACCGGAAGCGACGGAAGCGUCAGUAGUGGCGGCAGUAGAGCAUCGUCCUCACGUGGUGGUGGUGGUGGUGUCGGCGUUGGAAGUAGAGACUCGGUUCCGUCUUCGGCCGUUUCGGAGGCGGCUUCAUCGGUCGCCGCGCCCUCCACACACGACGAGCCGGUUGCGCCGGUGCAGCAGGCAAGGAAGAGAGGUCGUCCAAGAAAAGUGGUGGUGACCACCCCCGUCGUUGCAGAAGAAGUAUCCGAGGAAAACGUGUUCCCCCAAACGACCACCACCCACGGCAGCAGUAAAAGUGGCCGCCGCCGCCGAGAGGAAGAAUGUUCGGAGAAGUCUGCCUCGGUCAGGGAGGCGGCGGCGGCGGCGGCGGCGGAUGGCAGUGAUGCCACGCAGCACUGGAGCCAGGCAAACUCGCACAGGGGGAGUGUAUCAACAACGACGGCCACCUCAUCGCGUUCAUCGUCGGUAUCGGCGAGCAACGGUGGAAGUGGCCCGGAGCGAUUACCCACCCUUCCGGAGGACGAUGAUUUCCUCGACGAGGACGAUGACGAUACGCGCGACGUCGACUACUCACCCGUCUGCACCCGAAGGAAGCGGAAAGCGCUAACGACCACGACCUCCAGUGGGAAUGGAAUCUCAGCCGCCCGGAAAACGACCGCUCCGGUUCGUAAGCGAAACGAUUCGAAAGGUGGGAAUAGUAGAGGGACAGGUCCUGCGCCGUCGUCCUCCUCGUCGGUCGCCGUUCGCCCCGUCGCUGACAAUGGAGUGGCCAUCAACCCGCAGCAGCUGCCCGGCGGCAGAGUCAUUGCUCAGCCAAUCGCUCCAUCGGUACGCCGACCACCGGUAGAACCACCGCCGCAGCAGCCACCACCGCCGGCUGUUGUAGCGAUACAGCCAAAUCGUGGCCGGAGGUUACCGGCGCACCAUCAAAACUACUACCAUCCGAUGGAAGAACCGCCGCGGAUCCACCACCAACUUCAUCACCAUCAUCAGCAUCUCCAGCACCAUCAUCCGCCCACGAUGCUGGUACGGACGUACAGUCGAGGGUAGUCGGAGCGGGUCGAGGGUCCAAAGGAUCAUCAGCGAACGGCAAACCGCGAUCGUCGGGACCGUCGUGUGAUUGUCGAACGGCGUCAUUGCUGCAGUUGUUGAUUGACACCGUUCGGAACCGUCAGUUCUCAGCGAGAAACUGAAAAUACAAUUGAAAAAAUUGCAUUACAUAGCUCUACACUGUAAAUGUAAACGAUCUAAAAAUGGAUUUAUUCGGACUGCCGGGCUAUGUUCCGGCGGUGGUUUGUGUACAUAUUGUUUUAAGUUACUCAGCUGUCCUAUUACUGCAUAAGAACUUCCUAAUUAUACUUUGUAGGCUACAUGUAAUCGGUAGUUCGUAAUUAUAACAGUUGAAAUAGCAAUAAAAACCAGAAAAUCGGGAACCGACCGGAAACCGCAUGCAAGAUUAAACGUGCGCAGACCACA